AUGGGCGGUCAUGUUCUGAAGGCCCGCAAAUGGAUUCUGAGCGGAACGACGGCGGCGGCAAGCAGAUCGCUCGCCCACACGAUGCUCAUCGAAAACGGCUUCAUUUUACCCUCUUCCAAAGGCUUUUACAGGUAAAAUUUUAACAAAUUGAUUGCAAAAGUCAAUAAUAUUACAGCCUACUUCCACUCGGACAACGAGUAAUCGAUAAAUUGUGCAGAAUUUUGGAUUCGGAGUUUCAGAAAAUCGGAGCGCUCAAAAUUUCGAUGCCUCUCGUCGGCACCAAACAUUUAUGGGACAAGACCGAUCGAUGGGAAGCGAUGGGCGCCGAAAUGAUCAAAUUCGAAGAUCGGCAGAAGAAUCAGAUGUGUCUUCAAGUGGGUGAGAUCCUUCUUCACACAAAUUUCCCCGAAAAAAUACCCAAAUCCCUUAAAUUUCGACUAAAAAUUCAAAUGCUACAAAAAUCCCAGAAACUCGUCAAAUUUCAACAGUUUCACAUUGAAAAAAAAGGAAUCCCUAAAACCAGUCCGUUUUUCAGCCGACCGCCGAAGAAAUGUGCACCGAAUUGAUCGCGCAGCUCUCGCCGUUCAAGAAGGCGCAAUUUCCGCUGAUGCUCUACCAAAUCGGCGAUAAAUUCCGCGACGAGAUGAGUCCACGGUUCGGACUGCUCCGCGCGCGUCAAUUUCUGAUGAAAGACAUGUAUUCGUUCGCGACGUCGGCCGAAAGUUCGCGCGAAACGUACGCCCGUGUGUGCCACGUGUACGACACGAUUUUCCGAGAAAUUCUGCAACUCGCCGACGACGUCGUCCGCUGCGAAGCGGAUUCCGGGGUGCACGGCGGCGUCGUCAGUCACGAGUACCAUCUCAAGUCGAGUUUGGACGAGGAUUUCGUGAAUCACUGUGAAAAGUGCGGACAAUUCAACAAGUCGACGGAGAUUUGCUGCGAAGGUGCGACGCGGAAAGUGAAAAGUGUCGAAAUUGGGCAUACUUUCCAUCUGGGCACCAAGUAUUCGCAGGUUUUGGGCGCCAAAUUCACGAAUCAGCCGCUGGACAUGUGCUGCUUCGGCAUCGGCGUCUCGAGAAUUCUUCCGGCCGCCGUCGACGCGUUAUCGAUUAGCAAGAAGGCGUUGCGCCUUCCGAGAGUCAUUUCUCCCUUCGACGCCGUUAUUAUCGUUAAAAAGGUGCGGAAAUACAGCGAUUCACGACUACCAGAAGUUGAAAAGGGGGCGUGGCCGGACUAAAUCAGCAUUUUGAGUUUUCGAACAGCAAAAAUAAUCGAGAAAUUUGAUCAUUUUCAGUUAAAUACGAUUCAAGUUGAAUUACGCGCCGAAAUUAUGCUAGGCCACGCCCCCUCUUCAACUUUUGUGAUAGAAAAAAGGCUGAAAUUAACCAUGAUAUUGAGUGCAGAGCCUGACGUCGAACGUGCUCGUGGAGAUGACGUCGUCGUCGGCUUCUCGAUAUCUGAAGGGCGGAAUUCUUCUGGACGAUCGCGUCGAAAUGUCGGCGGGAAGACGUAUUCACGAGGCGAAUCAGCUCGGAAUUCCGUUCAUUGUCGUGCUCGCCAACGAGACCGAACGCAGUCUGGUCACCUCGGUGAGCGGGGGGAUAAUUAUAGAAACUUUGAUUCUUGGACUUGGAUUGAAGUAUUUUGGGUCCAACACAUAUCUCGGGACCGGAAACUUGGCUUCAAAAUACUUCAAUCCAAGUCCAAAAAGCCUUCAACGUUUGGGUCCGAUCGGAUCCUUGCAAGUGGGUCAAAUUUUGAGGCCUGUACUUUUGACCCGUCAAAAGUCCAGACCUUCAAAAAGCGCUGGCCGACUUUUUUUCGAAUAUUCAUAAAAAAUCCCCUCGAAACCGCCCAUUUUUUGCAGAAACCACUGGUGGAAGUGUUCACGACGCACCCAAAAACGGAAGAUCCGGUGGCGCAGGGCUCAAUGAGCCUCGAGCAGUUCGUCUCGUUCGUCCAGACGUCGCUUUACGGCUCCGGACCAAUUGGGGCCAAUCUGGCACACUGUCAAGUGCUCGACGAACUCGGAUCUCACUGA